AUGGCCGAUGAGAUUGCUCCAGAGUAUGAUGUUGUGGUACUAGGCACAGGCUUGACAGAAUGUGUGCUGUCUGGCGUCUUGUCUGUCAAAGGCAAGAAAGUCCUUCACAUCGACCGAAAUGAUCACUAUGGCGGCGAGGCUGCGUCAGUGAACAUUGAAGCUUUAUUCAAGAAGUAUGGCAACUUCAAACAGGGAGAAGAGCCAUGGAAGAAAUAUGGUCGAGUCAACGACUGGAACGUCGACCUAGUCCCCAAACUCCUUAUGGCCAACGGAGAGCUCACCAAUAUCCUCGUCUCCACCGAUGUCACACGAUACCUCGAAUUCAAACAGAUCGCAGGGAGCUUCGUACAGCAGGGGUCUGGUCCUCGAGCGACGGUCGCCAAAGUUCCUUCGACCGCAACAGAAGCCCUCAGUUCGCCUUUGAUGGGACUGUUUGAAAAACGACGUGCAAAGAAGUUCUUGGAAUUUGUUGGCGCCUUCGAGGAGAACGAUCCUUCGACGCAUAAUGGACUCAACUUGAACCAGGUUUCCAUGAAAGAAGUCUAUGACAAGUUUGGUCUUGAGGCCACUACCAGAGACUUUAUUGGUCACUCAAUGGCUCUCUAUUCCACCGACGACUACAUUAAUGCUCCUGGUCAGGCCAAGGAAACCGUCGAAAGGAUUCGUCUCUACGCAAAUUCAAUGGCACGCUAUGGAAAGUCUCCCUAUAUCUAUCCUUUAUAUGGUCUCGGUGAGCUUCCGCAGGGUUUCGCGCGACUCUCGGCCAUUUACGGCGGCACCUAUAUGCUCAACACAUCCGUUGACGAAUUCUUGUAUGAUGGAAGCAAGAUCAGCGGUAUCAAAGCUACAAUGAAGGAGAGAGGUGAGGAAGGCGAAGGCAUGAAAUUCACCACCAAGACAAAGAUGAUACUGGGAGAUCCUUCUUACUUCCCAGGAAAGGUACAAGUGGUGGGACAUCUACUGAAAGCGAUCUGUAUCUUGAAUCAUCCAAUCGACAAAGCUGGUGAUGCCGAUUCUCUCCAAUUGAUCAUCCCUCAAUCUCAAGUUGGCCGGAAAAACGACAUCUACAUCGCAGUCGUCUCAUCCGCACACAACGUUUGUCCCAAGGGUUAUUACAUUGCUAUCGUAUCAACAAUUGCUGAGUCAUCGGCAAAUCAUCAUCUUGAACUUCAACCUGGUCUUGAACGUCUCGGUCGCAUUGAAGAGAAAUUCCAAGGACCACCAAUUCCACUUUAUCAACCUCUUGAGAGUGGCGUGAACGAUCAGAUAUUCAUCUCAAACAGUUUCGAUGCUUCGAGUCACUUCGAAACUGUCACCGAGAAUGUCAGAGAUAUCUACAGAAGAGCUACUGGUGAGGAACUCAAAGUUGAAGGUCUCAGAGAAGGACAAACUUUGGUGGAAGAAUAA